AUGGCUUCAUUUCAUGACGUUUCCGCAGGCCAAUUCUUAGUUCCUGAUUCCUUGUCUUGUUUUGGAAAAUUAACCAAGCUCAACUACUUGGAUCUUUCGGAUAUUAACUUACAAGGGAAUUUCCCACGUUUUGUGGCUAACCUGACCCAACUUGCGUUUCUAGACUUGUUUGACAAUUCAAUAACUGGUGAAAUCCCAUCUUGGCUCGCAUUAGAGUUGACCCAAUUAACUUUUCUGCGGCUCACCUUCAACAAUUUGCAAGGAGUAAUUCCUAAAUCGCUUUUCCACCUUAGAAAUCUUGAAUUUCUUGGCCUUUCCUCUAAUAAUUUGAGUGGAUUAGUUGAGUUUGAUGAGUUUUCCAACCUCAAAAAGUUGAAGAAACUUGGUUUAUCGGACAACAAGUUAUUCGUGCGUGUCAAAUCUGGUUCGAGUGCUACUCUUCCAAAGUUUGAAGUUCUAAAGUUGGCUGAAUGCAACUUGACAGAGUUUCCAGAAUUUUUGAAAAAUCAAUACGAAUUGGGAGCCCUAGACCUUUAUGAUAACAAUAUUCAUGGCCAAAUACCAAAAUGGCUCUGGAAUGCAACUAGAGAAACUCUGGUCAAUCUCAACCUCGAUUAUAACUUCUUAACAGGCCUUGAAGAAAAUCCAGUCACUCUUCCAUGGAAAAAUCUGCAGCUUUUUAGUCUUGACACUAAUCGGUUACAAGGGUCAUUGCCAAUUCCACCACAAUCUAUCAUAUCUUACAAUGUCGGCAACAAUAAUUAUAGUGGAGAAGUUUCACCUUUGUUCUGCAACUUGAAUUAUCUUCAAGUUCUUAAUUUGGGCAACAACAACCUGAGUGGCAUGCUUCCACGGUGUUUGGGGAAGUCCAGUAGCUUGGAAAUGCUGGCCUUGACUUAUAAUUCUUUCCAUGGCAAUAUUCCUCCAUUUUGUGCUAACAAAAAUAGUUUGAAAUUGGUUUUGUUGGGUUACAAUCGGUUACAGGGGAAGCUACCAAGAUCAAUGGCCGAUUGCACUCGGUUAGAGUUUCUUGACAUUGGCAACAAUCAGAUCAGUGACAUCUUCCCUUCUUGGUUAGGGGUACUUCCAGUAUUGAGGGGUCUCAUUUUGGGGUCGAAUGCAUUUCAUGGGAUAAUUGGGAAGCCUCAAACUAAUCAUGAGUUCCCAAACUUGUGCAUCAUUGAUUUAUCCAACAAUCUGUUUUCAGGUAUGUUCCCUUCUAAGUACAUAGAGAACUGGAAUUUCAUGAAAUAUGUUGUCGUAAACGAUGGAAGCCGGUACUUUGAAGUCUCAUCGAACGUCAGCACAAAUAAAUAUGGAAAUUACUAUCAAUUUUCAUACGAUAUGAUAAUUCCUGUAAAAGGUGUUAAGUUGACAUAUUAUCGGACCCCUUAUGAUUUGAGACUCAUAGAUUUCUCAAGUAAUAGAUUUGAAGGAGAGAUUCCAGCAAGUAUCAUUGGGAGUCUAAGAGAACUUCAGUUGCUAAACCUCUCCAACAACGCUUUCUCUGGUCACAUCCCCUCAUCUUUAGGGAACUUGACAGCUUUUGAAUCGUUGGAUCUCUCUCAAAACAAGCUCUCCGGAAGGAUCCCCAGUAGCUUGGCACAACUCACUUUCCUUGAGUACUUCAAUGUGUCACAUAACCAUCUUUGGGGACCUAUACCACUUGGCCAACAAUUCGGUACAUUUCUAGAAGAUUCAUACCAAGGAAACUCAGGUUUGUGUGGAAAGCCUUUGUCCAAGAAAUGCGAGGGUUAUGAGAGCUCGAGGCUGGCGCCACCAUCAAGCUUUGAAGAAGAUGAAAGGGCUGGAUUUCCAUUUGAGUUUGAUUGGUAUGUAGUCUUGCCAGGAGUUGUUAGCGGACUAAUAGUGGGAGUGGUUGCUGGAAACACGUUGGCAGACAAAAAGCAUGAAUGGUUUGCGGAGAAAUUCAGCAGGAGGAGGAAGCCAACAACCACAAGGGCGAGGAGGGGACGCAGAACCUAG